CAGUGUAAUUUACUCUUUUUUAUUUUGUGUACUUAGUAGAUUAGAUACGUUAUCUGAUUUUAGGGUGUAGUGAAUAUAACUGCCUUGAGUAAACCUCUAUAAAGUAUAAAAUCUAUGCUUAACUGGAUGCUAAAGAUCUUACUGUAAUAUUCCAACAGCAGUCUACAGGAUGAAGGCAGCAGCUGUGUUUGUUCUAAUAGCUGCAGUCCUUGGCAGCUUUCCAGGUAUUAGGAGUGAUCAAAUAAAUACUAAGAUUGACUGCAGCAUAUAUCAAAAAUUAGAUGAUGAUGGCGGCUUGGCAUGUACCAAAGAAAUUAACCCUUUAUGUGGCACAGAUGGCGUUUCAUAUGAUAAUCCAUGUAUGCUGUGUGCUGCCAACCUGAAGCAAAUGUCCAUCAUUGGUGUGAAAUCUAAAGGUUACUGUAGAAUACCAAAGAAACAGCUCAAUUGUGAUAUAUAUAAAAUAAUGCCAGAUGAUUACACAAUGUGUGGCAACGACUAUAAGCCUGUGUGCGGAACAGAUGGAGAAUCUUAUGACAACGAAUGCUGGUUGUGUGCUGUCCGCCUACAGCAAAAUACAAGCAUUGAUAUCAAAUAUGGUGGACCCUGUGACAUUCCUGGAUAUAAGGUUGAUUGCAGCAUGUUCAAACCUGAUGAUGUGAAAAAGCCGUGUACUGAAGACUUCAAUCAACUGUGUGGCAUAGAUGGAGUCACUUAUUCAAAUAAGUGUGAGCUGUGUCAUGCAGCACUGAAGAAUAAGACUGACAUCUCUGUAAAGCACAAAGGAUCUUGUUCUGUCAAGGGGAAAAGGAUUGAUUGUAGCAGGUAUACAGAGUUCUGCACUUUUAUUUAUAAGCCAUAUUGUGGAUCAAAUGGAAUGAGCUACAGCAACAAAUGCAGUUACUGUAUUGCCCAAAACAAGAAUCCCGAGUUGAGAUUUCUGUUUCAAGGAGACUGUUAUCCUUAAUUGAAAAUGUAUCAGCAUUUUACUGUGGAAACAAGUUGUUGGAACACACUGGAACAAUGAAAAUAAUGAAGAUACAAUAAAAUAAGAUAAUGAAUCGUC